AUGGGUUGGACACCACCAACGGAACGUUACGCCAACAAAAGUUCCCCGGAGUACAUAAUGCAAGAACAAAUACAAAAACAAGCGACGAUGUGGACUUUGUACCUCACAGCAACAUCUCAAUUCAUAGCGAUGUUUGUUGCAACCAUACUCGGUGCGUAUAGUGAUAAAGCUGGAAGAAAGAUUCCUUUAAUGUUACCGCCUGUUGGCGCUGCCUUAAAUGGUCUGAAUUACCUUAUCGUCAUAUACCUGCAUUUACCGUUGUGGACUCUUUUCGUUGGAGCGGCGUUACAGGGACUUGGAGGUGAACACACAACUGAGAUUGCAACGUGCUGCUCAUACAUCGCCGACAUCACAACCAAGCAUCAACGAACUUUUAGAAUGGUUGUACUAGAGGUGGUAUUUUCGUUUGCAUUCGGCGGAGCACAACUUUGUGCUGGUUAUGCCAUACAUAUAUACGGCUACCAGGCUGCCUUUGGCUACACAUUUCCGUUUCAUCCGCUGCAUUUUUCUACGUCCGUGUUUUUUGUAAGAGAAAGUUUGAAAGUUGAAGAUACAAGUGUAUUUAUAGGUGGAAAGCUGAUCGCAAGAUGUUUAUCUGAUUUUGGUAUGAUUUAUGUAAGUUCCAUAUCGUACACAUCGAGUUUGUUAUUGUCAGCAUUUGCAUUCAACGAUAUCAUGAUGUUUAUGGUUCCAGUCGUGGCUGCUUUGUCGUCAUUGACUAUCCCUGUUAUACGAUCAAGACUGUCUAGGAUAGUGGAACCCACGGAACAAGGUGUUCUAUUUGCUUGCCUUGGUUGCAUAGAGAGCGUUGCCAACUUCGUAUCGCCUGUUACAUUUAAUGCUAUUUAUGCAGCAACUCUGGAGCUCUUCAGUGGAUUCGUUUUCACAGUGUUGGCCGCCAUUGCUGUUAUCAACAUGAUGCUAACAGGGGCAGUUAACACUGGCGGAGCGAGAAAAGAAAGUCUACAGGAAACGUAUAUGCUGUUAUACUACGACGUUCAACUUUGUGAAGACGGUUCCAUACUUUGCAAUGGCGAGUGUGUACAUGCAAAUAACGUAUGUAAAGCCAGAUGUAAUUGUAUACCACCGCAGUUGAGGUCCAGGCUCCGUACACGACCACACCAUCCACGUUCGCGUUCUAAUCAAGAACGUGUGCAUUUCACAAAGGGUGGUAACAUAUAUGUUGAGAACGUCGCACCCGAUGGUGUGUUAAGAUAA